GCACUAAGCACUGCUGCUUCCUGAUUGUCUGACGCUUUCAACAUGGCUGGUCAGGAGGACCCGGUGCAAAGAGAGAUCCACCAAGAUUGGGCGAAUCGAGAAUACAUUGAAGUUAUAACCAGCAGUAUUAAGAAGAUUGCUGACUUCCUUAAUUCCUUUGACAUGUCCUGCCGAUCUCGCUUGGCCACCCUCAACGAGAAGCUAACAGCGCUGGAAAGGAGGAUUGAAUACAUUGAAGCAAGAGUAACAAAGGGGGAGACGUUGACCUAAACUGCACAAUGCACCAUAAAGCCACUUCCCUCCCUCCAAUCCAACCUCGUUCUCGACAUAAGUGUGAUGGAUUCCAGAUGUUUUGCUCCUGGGACUGUUUUGACCAUUUUUAUAUUUAACAAGAAAUGUGUGUUUUUAUUUUAUUAAACAUUUAUGUAAGAAGAAUGCUUUUGUUAAAAUUAUUUGACAUGGUGAAUACAAUAUCACAACUGUAUUAACAUGAUAAUAACCAUUUGCUAGUGUCUGUGACAUUACUCACCAUGGAUUUUAAGAAAACCAUGUUUCUGAGUGCCAAGAUUUAUUUGUUGUGUAGUUUUCUUCCCUAAUAUGGUUUUCCUUGUACAUUGAAUUGGUAAUUGUUGUAAGAAUGAUAUGAUAAUAAAUAUACAAAUUAUUAAUGA